ACGAGCUUCCCUUCCCCCAGCGAUUCUCCUAUCCAAAUCCCUCCCGCUAGGGGACCUCCUACGAACGGCCGCACCAUUCUAGAUCUAGAUCCGCCCCGUCGUGUCCGCAGGCGCUCGACCCCUCCCCGUCCCCCGCCCGCUCGAGCGGAUCCGGCGAGGAUCGAGUAGAUCGACCCCUCUCCGCUCCGCCAUGAAGUGCCCCUCCGGCUCCCCGGGCGGGCGCGACCCCUGGGCUCCUCCCCCCGGUUCCGGCUCCGGUUCCGGCGGAGGCGGCGGAUCCAGCGAGCCAGCCAAGAAGCAGCAGCGGACGGCGAGCUCGAGCCGGGCCGACGAGGCGACCACCUCCUCCUCCCCGCAGCCUCCGCCACAGCCGCCGGGUCCUGCGCCGGACGGGGGAGACGUGCCGUACCUGGGGGAGGACCUGAUGUUCGAGGUGCUGCGGCGGGCGGAGGCGCGGACGCUGGCCUCGGCGGCGUGCGUGAGCCGGGGCUGGCGGGCCCUCGCGCAGGACGAGCGGCUCUGGGAGGCGGCCUGCGUGCGCGAGUGGACCGACCUCGGCUUCUCCGAGCAGCAGCUCCGCGCCGUCGUGCUCUCGCUCGGCGGAUUCCGCCGCCUGCACGCCGUCUCCAUCCGCCCCAUCCAGAGGCGCCGUGCUGGUGCGCCGCCCGCGCAGGGAAGGGGGAGGCGGCAGCAGCCUCCUGCCAGGCUGGGCCGGGACCAGGUCCAGCUGUCGCUGUCGCUCUUCUCGAUCGGCUUCUUUCAGAACAUGCCUAGCCGCCCCCCUCCUAAGAAGAAAGACGAGGGUGAUGGCAGCGAUAAGGGUGGAGGCGGGCAGUGCGGUUGAUCCAGCUGGUUUGCCUAACAGCUAGUCUGGACAAGAGAGAGCACAGGAAGUUUGGCUGAUUGAUAAGAGACAUGACAGAGAUGUAGUGGAACUGCAAGGUGGUUGGGUUAUGCUGUUCUAAUAUGGACAAGUGUAUGGGUACUGAUAUGUCAUAAAGUCACCUCGGAAUGUGGAUAGGUGUAUGGGUACUGAUGGGUUGGUGGUAGUUUAGUAGAAGCGUCACCGGACAGACAAACGGGGUGCCAUACCCAUGGCACAUGGAAUCGCUUCGGGGAGAAAUGGCCCCAAAUCUGUGUGUUCUAGAUUCUGGUUGCUUGAUUUUGAUCUGUCAGUAUAUAUAGUAUGUUGGCUAAGUUGGUUUGAAUCAUUGUGUAAAAUUCUCGCUUUAAAGAUUUUGAGCAAUGUUAAAUCGUGUGAU